AUUCAAGGAAGUUGUGUUGGAAUGAAAAUCUCAAGAAAGGAAAUGAUAUUGCAACUUUGGGGAGAUUACCAUGUCACGAAUACUUCACCCUGAGGACUAUAAAGUAUCUUCAACGAGAGAACUUCAAGAAAAGGUACAAAAGCAAAAAGAGUUGGAAGAAAAACAACAUAAUGCCUUGAAAGAAUAUCAGUACCAGUUUGGAAAGAUUAGAGGUUUAACGCCGGAAUCAUUGGAAAGCACAACGCCAAAACUAGAAAAAUCAUCGACAAACUGCCCUUCUUCUUUGAAUGAAACAAGUUCUUCAACUCCGUUUUCAGCUUGUAUUUCACGUACUACUGUGGAAAACUCUUGUCCUUCUGUUGCUGAGAGAAUGGUGUCACCUGAUGGAGUGAACAGAAUGUUGGAUUUCUCUGAAAAGCGCAACUCUUAUAAUUACCACCAAGCUGAAGAGAGGAAACCGAAACUUUUCCAGAAUCUGAGCUUUGAUGUGCCAUUAACUAGAGAAGCUACUGCUGGUCAAGAAGGGUCUAUUGUCUCCUAUAAGAGAAACAAAAGGGAAGACUCAGGAGGAAGAAGCGCGAGUCAAACGAGGAUGGUUAGUAAACUUCGUCGGUUUGUAUGCUUUUAAGUAUAUCCAAGUGGGCAGAAAUAUAUAUACAUAUGAAAUA